AUGGGGAAGAAGAGGAGGCGCCCAGCCAAGCCGGCCGCCGAUGGACUCAACACGAAACGCCUCAAACAAGAUGGAGCCUCACGCUGCUCGACACAGACCCAUCCUGUUCUGUCACGAUACUACCCACGACUAGUGAGCCUAAGACAGUAUCUGCUUGACGAACUGCCUUCCGCCUCCAAAGCACGGCGUCGUCGCAUUGCUUCUGUCGGGAAGUCCCCUCUCAAGGAUGAUGAGAAAGCAGCCAGCGGCGACGGCGAUGGGAGUGACAAGGCUCUAGCUAGUGUGUUGGACCAGACGCUCAUCGGAGUUCUCAAAGAGACUACGUCUGCUGCUGUGGUGCAAGCACGCCAGAGAGACUUUGCUGCCUUUACGCAGUCAGAAGAACGCUCUUUGCUCUGCACUGACACCGGGCCAUGCAGCCCUCAGUCCGAGGUAGUCGACUUUGCCAUUGCAACUCUCUUCAAUCGCACGACGAGCUCGGACCGCAAGCCACAGCAUGUCCUGGCUAAUGGCUUUCAGCGUGUCACGCGAAAGCAAAUCCUGAACUACGGCAUCGGAGCCCUGGACUUCAAUAUACCUGGUCUUGUGUCCCAGUUUCCUAACCACCAUGUACUUGCACUCAAGAAGGCUCCCUGGACUGAUCUUCUCGGCUUACUCGGAGUAAAUGGAGACGAUAUUAUGAUUGGAUUGUUGCUCGACUGCGGCAUAUUCCGCUGCAUAGACGAGCGUAAAUCGGCCUUUCAUCAAAUCAGCGGAGUCUAUCUGUCGGAAUUAGAGCCAAUAGAUGAAGUGACGGCAGGCCUCAAUACUAAUAUUACACCACCUGUUGACGCUGCGUCCAAGAAUUCUUCCAACUCAAAAAACGCCGCCGAAAUUCUGCACAAACCAAACAACAUCGUUUUUGUUCGACGGCGAAUGUUGUACGCCCGCCCAGCACUUAAUGCAAGAGGGGACAUCCGUUUUGGCCUGAGACACAUCCACGUGCUCAAUCGCUUUUCAAAUUCGGACGACCCAAUCCACACUAUGCAUGUAAUGAAAUACAUGUUUCCUCGACAGUUUGGCUUGCAUAAUGUGUUUACAUCGCAAGUUGAUAACCGUCAGACAGUCCAGCCUUUUAAAGACUAUACGUUGCGCGAAGACGAGAUUGCUCGUUCAGAAGAGCUAAAAAAGGCAAAACACCCACAACAAAUACCAAAAGUGCCAAAGCGCCUUCGUGGAGACCCUUUUCAGCUGGUUAGGAAGUUGCAGAAGCGUAACCAUGGUUGUUCUUACACGGAGUUGCUGAGGAAUUAUUGCCCUAUUGAAGAGACAGGCCCUGCUAGACUCAAUUCACUGCUAGCAGUAUCGGAUCUGAAGACAUCCCAGCAGCUUGCUACCCAGGUAUCACUGCCGGCUUCGAGAAAAUCGGGACCCUCACAGGUAUCUUAUGUCGAUGGGGACUCAUCAAGCAUAGUACCCUCUGCCAAACAUACACCGACACAGAAACCUGGCUUAACGGAUUAUGCAACUCCCACAUCCUCAGUUUCCGCAUUUUGUCGCGCAGUUCUUCAGAAAUUGGUUCCAAGAGAGUUCUUUGGCCUUGAAGAGGACGGUAUAUCAAACCAACAAUGUCUAAUGAAGCAAAUUGACCGAUUCAUCCGCUUGAGUCGAUUCGAGAGCCUCACAUUGCAUGAGGUUUGCAGAGGCAUAAAGGUCACUUCUCUUCAUUGGCUUGAGCCUCCGAAUUGCCAAAGUACAAAUGGUGAUAGGGUGUCUCUUUCUGAUAUUCGCAAACGAACCGAGAUCCUACAUGAGCUAGUCUAUUACAUAUUCGACUCAUUGUUGAUCCCACUCAUUCGCUCUAAUUUUUACGUGACCGAGUCCCAAGUCCACAGAAACAAACUGUUUUAUUUCCGACAUGAUGUGUGGCGGCGUAUGAUCGAGAAGCCCUUGGCAGAUAUGAAAUCUUCAAUGUUUGAUGAAAUCAAACGCCACAGAGUCUCCCGUAUUCUUGGACGAAAGAAGCUGCCAGCUAGUGCGGUGAGACUGCUGCCAAAAUCUACCGGCACGCGUCCGAUCAUCAACUUACGAAGGCGAACGACGAAGCGAGUUGGCAACCAAUCUUUCUUGGGACCCAGCAUUAACUCGACACUGACACCAGUUUUCAACGUGCUCGAUUACGAAAAGAAACAAAACCCACAUCUACUCGGCUCGUCUAUGUUCUCCGUGGGCGAAAUGUACCCACGCCUGAAGAAGUUUAAAGAGAACCUGUCGAGUGAACAAGGACAGGAAACGCUCUAUUUUGUAAAAUUGGAUAUCCAGUCAUGCUUUGACACUAUUCCCCAGCGUCGCUUGGUUUCGAUGAUGGAGAAUAUCGUGACACAGCGUGUUUAUCACGUUACGAAACAUGUGGAAAUCAGACCAGGCGACACACAACGAAACCCUUUGUCGUCAGAAGACAAGUUUCGAAACGCCAAGCCUAUUCGCAAAUUCACAAGCAAAGCAAUCGGCCUCGGCGAGAUACACAGUACUCCUCAACCCAUCGGUGCUAAGAGCACGAAAAGGAACACGGUUCAAGUUGACACAGCCGCCGCUAGGAAUCAUCAAGUAGACACGCUGCUCGAUCUUUUGGAUGAGCAUGUCAGGAAGAAUCUCGUGAAAAUUGGAAAGAAAUACUACCGCCAAAAGAACGGUAUCCCACAGGGCUCUGUGCUGUCGAGUCUGCUGUGCAACUUCUUUUACGGCGAGUUAGAGAGAGAUGUCUUGAAGUUCUUAGACUGCGAAAAGUCGCUGUUGCUGCGACUGAUUGAUGAUUUUCUCCUCAUCACGACAGAUGCAGCUCUUGCAAGACGGUUCUUACAGGUUAUGAUGAACGGCCAGCCCGCGUAUGGCAUCACGGUCAAUGCGAGCAAGAGUCUUGUCAACUUUGAAGCCACUGUAAACGGGACCAAGGUGCCUCGUUUAGUCGGAUCGACGCUUUUCCCCUACUGUGGUAAUCUCAUCGACACGCACACAUUAGAACUGCGCAAAGACCGUGACCACGGCCGAGGUCAAGGGAAUAUCACAGACAGUCUUACGGUCGAGUCUAGCCGAGUUCCAGGGCAAGCAUUUCAUCGAAAGGUCCUAGCCUCAUUCCGACUGCAAACACAUACCAUGUUCCUCGACACUGAACAUAACAACUCCAAGGUGGUGCUUCUGGGGAUAUACACUAAUUUCAUCGAGACUGCUAUUAAAAUGUACCGAUACUAUAAAACUUUGAGACCGCAAUCACGCCCCUCACCGGGUCUCAUUCUACGCACAGUACAAGAUCUUGUGGAAUUCGCUACAAAAUUCAUUCACUCGAAGCGACGCCAAGUGCCGUCUACCUCUAAACGAACAGGCGUCUCCUCCCUCCACAUUCGACAUCUCUGCGCGGCAGCUUUCCGUCAUGUGCUGUUUAGAAAACAAACUACAUUUGCACAUGUGCUCAGAGGCUUGCAGCAGAUGGAGAGGAACAGUCGACCUAAGACGGACGGGGAGAUUUUACUACUUCGAAGGGUUUUUGAUUGA